UUUGUGCUCCAAGCCGAGCACCUCAGCCUCAGCUCACCUUGUGAUUAGCAUAGCCACUGCAGAUAUCGAAUAUUGCAUUAAGCUAGCUAGCUUAAUUGGCAUCAUAAGCAGCAGAAGAAGAAGAGAAGAGAAGAGAGGAAGCUAGAAGAUAUAGGAGAGGAAGAGGGGAUGGGAGGGAAGUCGUCGUUCCUGUGCCCGAUCUUCAGCUUCCUGUCGUGCAAGUCGAGGAGGUACGAGGACGACGACGACGACGGCGAGCUGAGCGGCGAGUGGCCGGCGAGGUACGGGAGCAAGGUGAGGUCGAGCGACGAGGACUACGGCGCGUGGUGGGUCGGCGAGCGCGACGUCGACCGCAAGGCCUCCGACUACAUCAACAGCUUCCACCAGAGGAAGCAGGUCGCCGCCGCCUAGCUAGCUCGAUCUACACAUCUCGAUCUCCAACCACACCCACAGCUCAACGAUACCAAUCUUUCAUUGGAUCGAGGGGGACUAGCGUACGCGCGACGGCGACGGCGGACGACGGCCGCCGGCGCGGCCAUAUAUAUGUACUGCAUCUGUUGUCUCAACCGGCCAUUUGUGUACCGCACCGCAUGUACGUACGUAGGUCUCCGUUUACAUAAUUAAAUUCUUCUCAUAUAUGUAUAUGUUAAAUUGUUAUGUAUGUUUGUUGUGGAUUAUUAUGUUAUAUAUGUUUAUUUAGACCACGAAUAAUUGUAAUGCCGGUUCACAGAUCGAGAUCUUGCCAUGUGUAUAUGUAUGUGGAGCAUGUGAACUCUUUUAA